AGCCUCCAUUGUCAAAUUUGCAAAUUUGUAAUCCACUCGAAGUAGAGGUAGACAUGGGGGAUGGAGGAGGCAAGGUUUCAUUCAAGGUUAUACUCACUUCCGAUCCAAAGUUGCCCUUCAAAGUUUUUAGCGUCCCGGAGGCUGCCCCCUUCACCGCCGUUCUGAAGUACGCCGCCGAGGAAUUCAAGGUCCCUCCCCAAACCAGCGCUAUCAUCACUAAUGAUGGAGUUGGAAUAAACCCCCAACAAAGUGCAGGAAACGUUUUCCUCAAACAUGGAUCUGAAUUGCGCCUAAUUCCUCGUGAUAGGGUAGGUGCUGCCUAAGAGAGACCAGGUUUCAUCUCAAGAGGCUUGAUACAGCUUAUUUAAUAGUGCACCUUGUCUUCCAGUCUCGUCUCACUUUCAGAAUGUAGUUGGUUGCCAAAUUUCCAGCGUAUUACAUAUAUAUUCUUUACCCAGACUAGAAAUGAAUUGGAGUGUUGUACGGAAUAAAUUCUUAAUAUACUAUGCUUUGAACUGACAUGUAUUAAAAUUAUAUAUAGCCUGAAACAUUUAUAUAAAGCAAUGUAUGCCAGUAUGCCUGUUUGAAAAAAAAAUGUUUGCCUGUUUGAAAUGUAAUGGGCUCUACACAUUAAUCUGUUUGUCUAAAUAAAAUGAUACUCUCUUUGUUUUAAAUUUGAGACAAGGGUAAGUGGC